AUGCUUUUCAGCUACAAAGUUCUGGGUAUUUCGGAAGGUAUCGAUCAUCCGGGUAGUCUUCGAUAUGAUCUUGCUCUCUACUUAUUCAUUGCUUGGGUAGUCUGCUAUUUGUGUAUUUUCAAGGGAGUGAGGUGGACCGGAAAGGUUUGGGUGGACGCUGUCACACAGGUGUUCUUCUCAUAUGGUCUUGGUCUCGGUGCUUUGGUGGCUCUUGGAAGCUAUAACAAGUUCCACAACAACGUUUACAAACAGGCGCUGACGGUAUGUUUCGUGAACAGUGGCACGAGUGUAUUUGCCGGUUUCGUGAUUUUCUCUUUCAUCGGAUUCAUGGCUACCCAACAAGAGAAAAGCGUCGCUGAGGUUGCUCAAGCUGGACCUGGAUUGUUGUUCCUGGCAUAUCCAUCAGGGAUUCUUCAGCUGCCAUACACCAACAUUUGGUCUUGCCUGUUCUUCUCUAUGGUUCUUUUCUUGGGAAUAGAUUCACAGUUCUGUACGAUGGAAGGUUUCUUCACAGCGAUUAUCGAUGAGUUUCCAAUCAUGCUUCGUGCUAGCAAGGUAGGUUUCUAUGUGUUCCAAUUGUUCGAUUUCUAUGCCGCAUCCGGUUGGGCACUGUUAUGGCUGCUUUUCUUCGAAUGUAUCGCAAUCUCGUGGAGUGUUGCGAAUCGAUCGAUGGUAUGA